AUUUAAUCAUAAAACAAUCAACUACUCGUCAAUCAGUUAGUGUUGUGAAUGGUUUCAUUUGUCGCACUGUUUUGAUAAGGUAAAGAUUAAAAUCAAGAAAUAAAAAUGGCGGAUAAAGCAGAAAACCUAAUCGAAUUUAUCAAUAACAACAUAUGCAGCUCAAAGCGAAUUAUCGAAAAAGACGUCACAAACCUCACAGCACCCGGAGAAAAUUAUUGGAGCGACAUGCUGAAGAUAAAUUUAACCGUUAUAAAUGACGAAACGGGUUCGACAGAAGAAAUAAACGUUUGCGCUAAAUGCGUAGUACAGGAAAGUGAACAAACAAUAUUUAAUAUUCAGAUGUUCAAAUCAGAGAUAAACUUUUAUAGAGAAAUAAUUCCAACCAUCCAGCAGUUUUUGAAUGAUCAUGGUCUUCCAGAAAUAACAUUCUUUCCUAAGUUAGUUUGUGCUAGAUUGAACUUGGAUGGAGGUGCGGUUCCCGAUAAGAAUGCUGUUCUUAUCUUAGAGAAUUUAAAAAACCAAGGAUAUGAAAAUUUGGACAGACACAAAGGUUUCGAUUUAGAAGCAGCUAAAUUAGUCCUAAAUGAUUUAGCCGUUUUCCAUGCAGUUCCUCUAGCUCUAAAACUGAAGGACCCACAAACAUUCAAACAAAAAAUUGAAGAUAAUUGUACUUUAUUGCCACCCAAGCCAAAAGACGAACCAGAAAGAGAACACCAUAAAGCAUCAUUUCCCUUUGCUCUUUUAACUUCUAUCUUAAAGCAAGACAUAUAUUGUAGAACUCACAUCGAAGAAUUCGAAAAAUUUAUUAAAUCUCAAAAUGAAAAAUUCGAACGUGGCCUUAGUCCAUUCGAUUAUGAAUAUAAAGGGGCUUUUGCAACGUUGACUCACGGCGACAUGUGGCUCAACAACACAAUGCAAAAGCUUAAAGAUGGUAAAACUGUAAACAACAAAUUUCUGGAUUUCCAAAUGUGUUCUAUUGGUAAUCCUGCAGCAGAUUUGUUGUUCCUUUUAAUAACUAGCGUCGAUGUUCCUACUCUUCAAAACCAUUUUGAUUAUUUAUUGAGUUUCUACCAUGAGAGUUUCAUCAAAACCUUAGAAGCAUUUAAAUGCGAUACUAAACCAUUUCAUUAUAAAAAUUUCUUGGGUGUUUUAAAAGAGGCUGCUAUGGAAAAAUUUUUCCACAUUAAUUUGAUGAAUGUUACAGUUAUUUUUGUAAAAAAAGGAGUAAAACAUGAAUUCCACAAAAAUGAUGAAUUACAGGCUUCCGAUGUACACCCUGUAGGAAGAUCUAAGUUAUGUUUUAUGUUUAAAGAAAUGAUAAGAAGAGACUGGUAUUAGGAAAUAGAUUAGAACUAUAUAAUAUUUAUUUUUGUAAAUAAAUUAUACUUCGCAUUUUAUUGAA